AUGUAUUCGUUGUCUUCAUUUACCAGAAUUCUUAGAAGUGUAGUAAAAUAUACUGAACCAGAGAGGAAUUUACCUAGCAGCAUUCGAAACUACUCCCCUAUAAAUACUGGUGAUGUUGAUGAUAUAAUUUACUACUGUUUACUAAUCAUGGAUGUGCCAUUCAUGCUGAGAUUCUUUGGUUUCUAUGAAAACCUCACUAUCCCGUCUGCCUCUCGUUUGAAUGAUAAAAAACUAUCCACCAUUGGUUUUCAGCUUCUAAUUUUUGCUGCCCUCGUGGCCGUGGCCCUCGCCCGUCCUGAUCAAGCCCCAUCAUAUGGUUAUGCCGCCCCUACACCUGCUCCAGCGCCUGCCAAGUACAAUUUCAACUACGCUGUGAAGGACGACUACUCUGGUAACGAUUUCGGCCACCAGGAAGCUCGCGAUGGUUAUGACACACAGGGUUCUUACUACGUGCAGCUUCCCGACGGUCGUCUACAGAAAGUCACCUACACUGUCAACGGCGACUCUGGAUACGUGGCUGACGUCAGCUACGAGGGGGAGGCUCAAUACCCUGCCGAACAACCUGCUUACAAGCCCGCCCCCUCAUAUGCCUAAGUUUAUUAUCUAAUCUAAUUGUAAUAUAACUUAUUGUUCUUA